CAUGGUCUCCCUUGCACUCAUCACCGAAGCCUUUCCGGCCCUGACACCGGCACAAUGGUGCCAGGCUUUUUUCGGAAUCUCUUCGGCAUCCAUCCUGGCCAUGCAGGUGAUCCCCAAGGCGGCUCAGCACCUCCUUCUCGACUACGGGGCGCGCUCGCCAGUCACCACCAUCAGUGAUGACCGGUCGAAGGAAGCAGCCGGGCCUGAGGGAUCGAAUGUCUUCAACGACCUCGUCAAAGCAGUGGCUUCGGUCGGCCAGAUUCCGCACUCGUGGUUCAUGCACUUCUACAUUGCGUCCGUCGCGGGCUCGGCUUUGUGGGCAUGGCAGUACCUCCAGGGUGGUUCGGCCAUCACAUCCAUCGCUUCGCAACAGGCGGCUUCCGGGACCCCGUCCAUGAGCCUCGAACAGACGGUGCUUGUGUGGACGCUGAUGGCGCUGCAAGGCGCGAGGAGGCUCUAUGAAUGCUUGAUUGUGAUGAAGCCAGGAUCUUCUAAGAUGUGGUUCGUCCAUUGGCUGCUCGGGCUAGGCUUCUACCUCUGCAUGAGCGUAUCCGUCUGGGUCGACGGUUCAGCUUCUCUGUUAGAGACAACCAAGUCCAAUCAUGGGAGCCUGCUGUCGUUGCCCACCAUUGUGGGAACGGCUGUGUACGUGUACGGCUGGUCCAACCAGCACCUAUGCCACGAAUACCUGGCCAGCCUCAAGAAGUAUUCACUGCCGGAUCAGGGCCUUUUCCGAUAUAUCGUCUGCCCCCACUAUACUUGCGAAUGUCUCAUCUAUCUGGGCCUUGCCGUCGCCGCGGCGCCCGAGGGCCGGUUUAUCAAUCGCACCCUCCUAUGCGCCUUCUGGUUCAUCGUCACCAACCUUGGCACAACAGCUGAUGGAACCAAGCAGUGGUAUGCGCAAAGGUUUGGCAAUGGAAAGGUAGCUGAUAGAUGGAGGAUGAUACCAUUCAUCUUUUAGG